GUUGUACGCAACGUGGUGGGGAAAGAAGAAUUUGUGUUUAGUUCUAAAUCUAAAGAGUGAAACUGUUCUAUUUUGGAUGGAAAUUUAUCGACAAAUAUUUUACGGGAUAAUUACAGUAUCAACUAUAAGUUUCUUAACAGAAACAUCGUAGCAAGUUUCUCAACAACGGAUAACAAUGAGCGUAGAUGCGUACGGACCAAGUUCCCAGACUUUGACUUUUCUGGAUACAGAAGAGGUCGAGUUGAUGGGUGCAGACACGCAGGGUUCCGAGUUUGAUUUCACCGAUUUUACACUUCCUUCUCAGACUCAAACACAAGCUUCUCAGGUUGACCAGGAGCAGAGUCUGGUCAAUGGUGAAGUAGAGCCAGGUGAACUACCACCUGAACAAACAAUGGCAAACAGAUACUGUGGCAUCCACGACCCGAGCUCAGUGGUUCGGUGCAUUCAAUGUAAGAAAUGGUUCUGCAAUGGUAGAGGGAAUACAUCAGGGAGUCACAUUGUCAACCAUUUAGUCCGAGCUAAGCACAAGGAGGUUACCCUGCAUAAGGAUGGGCCGCUUGGGGAGACUGUUCUGGAGUGCUACAACUGCGGAUGCCGGAACGUGUUCUUGCUCGGAUUUAUCCCCGCGAAGGCCGAUUCCGUUGUCGUGCUACUGUGCAGGCAGCCAUGUGCAACACAGAGCAGUCUGAAGGACAUGAACUGGGAUCAGAACCAGUGGCAGCCCCUGAUUAGUGACCGUAGCUUCCUCUCUUGGCUCGUGAAAAUGCCGAGCGAACAGGAGCAGAUGAGAGGGCGCCAAAUAUCCGCGCAGCAGAUCACCAAGCUGGAGGAGCUGUGGAAGGAGAAUCCAGAAGCUGUUCUCGAAGACCUUGAGAAGCCCGGAGUUGAUGAGGAACCACAGGGUGUCCUGCUCAGAUACGAAGACGGAUAUCAGUAUCAGAACAUCUUCGGGCCACUUGUGAAGCUGGAGGCGGAUUAUGACCGGAAACUGAAAGAGUCACAGACUCAGGAUAACAUCGUCGUGCGUUGGGACGUUGGACUGAACAAGAAGAGAAUCGCCUACUUUACUAUGGCUAAAACCGAUGGAGACAUGAGACUGAUGCACGGCGACGAGCUGAGGCUGCGCUACCUCGGCGAGCUGCACAAGCCGUGGUCGGGCGUCGGUCACGUGACGAAGAUCCCGGACAACAAGGGCGAGGAGGUGGGGAUAGAGCUGAAGAACGGGGCGGGUGCGCCCACCGAGUGCACCCACAACUUCGUCAUCGACUUUGUGUGGAAGUCGACGUCCUUCGACAGGAUGCAGGCGGCGAUGAAGACGUUUGCGGUCGACGAAACGUCCGUGUCCGGCUACGUCUACCACAAGCUGCUGGGUCACGAGGUCGAGGACAUCAUCAUCAAGUGCAACCUGCCUAAGCGCUUCAGCGCGCCGGGCCUGCCCGAGCUCAACCACUCGCAGGUGUACGCCGUCAAGACGGCACUGCAGCGCCCCCUGUCACUGAUUCAGGGGCCGCCGGGCACGGGCAAGACGGAGACGAGCGCGACGAUCGUCUACCACCUCGCGAAGCAGAACAUGGGCCAGGUGCUGUGCUGCGCGCCUAGCAACAUCGCCGUCGACCAGCUCACCGAGAAGAUCCACCAGACGGGCCUGAAGGUCGUGCGGCUGUGCGCGAAGAGCCGCGAGGCGAUCGACUCGCCCGUCUCGUUCCUCGCGCUGCACAACCAGGUGCGCAGCAUCGAUGGCUUUCCCGAGCUGCAGAAGCUGCAGCAGCUGAAGGACGAGACCGGCGAGCUGUCGGCGGCCGACGAGAAGCAGUACCGCGCGCUCAAGAAGCAGUGCGAGCGCGAGCUCCUCCAGGUCGGUGAUCACUGCCAGCUAGGACCAGUCGUUAUGUGUAAGAAGGCGGCGCACGCCGGCCUGUCGCAGACUCUGUUUGAGCGUCUGGUCGUGCUCGGCAUGCGCCCCCUGCUGCUGAAGGUGCAGUACCGCAUGCAUCCAGCCCUCAGCGUGUUUCCGUCGAACAUAUUCUACGAUGGCAUCCUGCAGAACGGAGUCACGAGCGACCAUCAGCACAAGGGGCUUGAUUUUCCAUGGCCACAGGCUGACAAGCCCAUGUUCUUCUACGCUACGACAGGGCAAGAGGAGAUUGCUAGUUCUGGAACAUCCUACCUAAACAGGACGGAGGCUGCGCUCGUGGAGAAGCUUGUCACGUCGCUUCCUGAAGGCGGCAUCAAGCCGGAGCAGCUGGGCAUCAUCACGCCGUAUGAGGGCCAGCGAGCCUACCUCGUGCAGUUCAUGCAGUUCAACGGCUCACUCAACGCCAAGCUCUACCUGGAGAUUGAGGUCGCCAGCGUGGACGCGUUCCAGGGCCGUGAGAAGGACUUCAUCAUCCUCUCAUGCGUGCGCGCGAACGAGCAUCAGGGCAUCGGCUUCCUGAACGAUCCACGCCGGCUCAACGUCGCCGUCACCAGGGCAAGGUUUGGCCUGAUUGUGGUUGGAAACCCCAAGGUGCUCUCCAAGCAGCCACUGUGGAAUCACCUGCUCACGUACUUCAAGGAGCAGAAGGUGCUGGUAGAAGGGCCACUGAACAACCUACGCGAGUCCAUGAUACAAUUCAGCAAGCCACGCAAACUCAUCAACUCUACGAAUCCGGGCGGUCGCUUCAUGACGACGGCCAUGUUUGAUGCUCGUGAGGUCAUGAUCCCUGGCAGCGUGUAUGAUCGCAGCCGUACGUCGCUGAACGGCGGCGGUGCAGCGCCGCUCCCCUACCAGGCUGACAACUACAUGAGAACGCAUGACCCCAUGGGAUAUAUCGACCCAUCGAGAGCGCAUAUGGCAGGAAUCAGUCUACCGAUACCCAUGAAUAUGUUCAUGGCACCCAUGCCUCCGCCGUACUACAAUCAGCAGAUGCAACCUAUGGCACCGCAGCGGCCAGGCAGGCAGGGUCAGGGCAGCAAAAGUAGCGGCCGUCGCAGUCAGAAGAAGCCAAUGAGUGGACAGCCGGGCAUGCUGUCUCAGCAGUCCAACAUGAGUCAGCCGGAUGGAUCGCAGCCCUACUCACAGCAGCCCCUUACGCAGGGUGGCCUGUCGAUGAGUCAGCCAUUCCAAAUGUCCCAGCCAGGACUGUCGGGGCUGUCCCAGCCAGAAUUGUCGCAGGAUAGCUACCUGGGAGAAGAGUUCCGUUCGCAGGCGGACAUGCUGCUGUCGCAGGACUCCACCUACCAGGGUGACCGCGCCUACUACGGCCAGAAUCCGGCAAGUCAGUUCUCCCAGUACUAAACUGUGCAGGAGACCGAAUCGACGCGGCACCGAACCCGUCGACUGCAGCGCCCCCCCACGACGCGAGCGGAGAACCGAAUGGCGUGACCUCAAGUGUGACGAAAACUGCAAAAGCCCCUGUGUACAGCCUCGCCGCCCGUGUGCGCGCGCGCCCCUGCCGAAAGGGCAUCUCGAUCGAGGCGGGGCGGGCGUCCGCCGCGGGGCGGGUGUCUCGUACGUUAUCGGCUCGUUAGCCGCAGUCAUUAAUUAGAUCGGAAAAUGCCGAAGGCGUUCACGUCGGUUCAUACAGCAGAUGUGGCCUAGCAGCCUCUGACGAGUUUAGAGAGAGAGGGAGAGCGAGAGAGAGAGGGAAAAAUAAGAGGCAGAGGAGUGAGCGCGAGCGACGCGCUGUCUCGCCUCGUGUAGCCGAUCCCGGACCGUCCCCGGACUAACGACUUCAGGAACACGUUGCCUUAGAUGUUGGUGUGCGUGCGUGAGCGAGCGUCGAAACGCAGCUCUAUUUAAGGCCGACGCUGAUAGCCCACGACUGGCGGCGAAGAACGGCACGUUGGCACGUCUGUUGUGAACGUGCACCCGCGGAAGUAAGGUGUAGUGGUGGGCCCACGUGUUCUGUCACACUACUCGCGUUGCCACUAUAUACCUAGUGUCGUAACUGUGGUGUUGCAGUACAGUCGGCGAUCGAAACCAAUUUGGUGACGGCCGGCUAGAUGUCAGUGCAGAGGGUCGUCAUUUCGUGUCAACACGCGCCCGCUCUAUAUCUGUUUUCCACGCACCCAGUGUCUGGUAAUGAUAGCACUGUAUUUCAAAUAGCCUGUGCAGUGAAUGUAGGAGAUAGGCAGCGGCAUUGCAUGAACCCGUAGAUGAAAGAGUGAGAUUGCCACAGUGAGAUAUCUAGGUCUUACGAGUACGUUGCGUGGUAUGCAUAGAGGUAAGGGUGUAGGGUCAGUUGGGUGUGCGUGCAGCGUAAGUAUACCACGGAAACAAGCUAGAGAAAAGAGAAAUGCUCGGCUAUUAGUUCAAAAUUGAACUUCAAAGGACGUUUUGUAGCACAGAAUUCGGCAUUGUAGGUAGAGACCAGUGGUGGUCAAUUGCUGGGAAGUUAUUGCUGUUGUAGGGUACACAGAUUCAUGUGUAAGCGGGUCACAGCAGACGCCGGAGCGAGAAUGAAUCCUUAACAGCACUAAUCAUUUAAAUCUUCAAAGUCCGAGAGCAGCGGGAGAGGGAAUCCUUAACAGCGCUAGUAAUUUAAAGCUUCAAAGCCUGAGAGCAAGCUAUCUGUUGCUACCGACCUGCACCAGCUUCCACGAACUUCAGUUGGCAUGGCGACAAGGUGAAUUUACGCCCACUGUUCGCAAGCUGUCGGUGUGUACACCAGUCCUACCGUUACAAGUAUCUUCUAUUGUAGUGGGCACGGUCUGCUGUUCGCCCGGUCUUGAUGUGCGAUAUUUAUGCAGUUGAUGCUAAUAUUAUGUUACUAUUUGUUAUGUGUAGCCCCGUAUAAAUUACCUGGCUUCUAGUAAUAUGAAUACAUACGUGUGGUGGUUACCGGCCAGGAUGUGUUAGUGCAUCACUAGGCUAGAUGCAUAGGCUACCUGCUCCCAUUAAAAAAAUUCAUCUUGACAGCUGGUGUAAACGUCCUUCUCAAUUUUCCUUCAACUUCUUCAAAGUUUCUUUUAUGCACGUUAUCUUGUGCGUGACUUUUCUCUAAGAGGGAGGAUGUGGCAAUUCCCACCAAGCCUGUACCUCCACCUGCCCGCAAUAUAUUGGUUUAUGAAAUUUAAAUCCCUCCCCCCGCCCCGAUUUCCGCUUGUGUUCAAAUCAGUUAUCAGUUUUACGAUUAUAUGUUUUCAUAUAUAUUCGAUAUAUGUGUAUCAAGAGUACCAUGAUAGAAAAUUUAUAUAUUAUAUUAUAUUUUCUAUCAUGGUAUUCUUGAUAUUAUGCAUACAUGUAUGCAGUUAUACAUGGAUUCUGGGUAUAUAGCCAAUGCUUCUAGAAAACACAUUCUUCUCGCUGGAUAUGAAAGUACUUUUAUAGAUUUCUGGUUGCAAAAAUUGCAUUUCUAUUGAUAAAUUGUAUCUUCUCUAACGUGCUCGUUUAAAAAAAAUCCGUUACUUUUCCUCGAUAAUAUGGUCAUUAGUUUGUAGUUCUGGCAGUAUGGCUUAUAUUACUGUAGCAGUAUAUAAACGGUCGCAACAUGCUAGCUUCUGGAUUUAUAAUUUAUCAGAGUAAACUUGCGUUAAGUAUAAUUUUUUGUUGUGUAGUAUGUGGAUACAGUCGCCUCCUAGGUGUAGUGUUACCACAAUUUCAUGUAAACUUUUCGGUUAUUUUAUCGGGUUCCGGUGUGGUACUACGUACGUAAGUGCUCGUACCCACUUGGUGAUUGUAUGUUAGAAGAUAUUCUGAGCAAAUGCGCCACGCAAGUUUAAAAUGCAAAAAAAAAACAGUAGGACCAGACAUGGUGUUGUGAGCAAUUAAUUUUGCAGUUAGAGAUGAUCGGAUUAAGUUGACAGUGUUAUCCACCCUGGUUGCUACUAAAAGAUGAGCUAGCCGAAAUAAGGUCUCUAUUGUUACUAUAUUUUUUGGACAACAAUAAUACUUAUUCUCUCUGGAAAA